AUGAUCGGCACCCUAUUCGUGCAAGGUGGAGCGAAACGAUUUGCCAAGGUGGACAAGGCGAACUCUGCAACGAGCUAUAUGUUCUCGGACCUCGAAGCCUGGGAAGACGAAGAGUUGUGGCCGGGCUCAGAGGCCGACCGACAGGGAGAUCUUGAGAAAAGAGCUGGCACAAUGCCGGGUGCACCAAGCGCGCAGAGGUAUCCUUUUCCGGCUAGACUGAGAUGGAUAUGGCUACGCUAUGCCAUGUACGAUAUCCACCACUCAAUUGUCUAG